AUGGUCAACUCCUGUUGUGGCUCCAUCUGCUCUGGCCAGGGCUGUGGCCAAGAGAACUGCUGCUGUCCUACCUGCUGCCAGACUACCUGCUGCAGGACCACCUGCUGCCGUCCCAGCUGCUGCGGUUCCAGCUGCUGUCGCCCCAGCUGCUGCCAGACCACCUGCUGCAGGACUACCUGCUGCCGCCCCAGCUGCUGUGGCUCCAGCUGCUGCCGUCCCUCUUGCUGUGGUUCUAGUUGCUGUGGUUCUGGCUGUUGCCGCCCCACCUGCUGCCAGACCACCUGCUGCAGGACUACCUGCUGCCGCCCCAGCUGCUGUGGCUCCAGCUGCUGCCGUCCCUCUUGCUGUGGUUCUAGUUGCUGUGGUUCUGGCUGUUGCCGCCCCACCUGCUGCCAGACCACCUGCUGCAGGACUACCUGCUGCCGCCCCAGCUGCUGUGGCUCCAGCUGCUGCCGUCCCUCUUGCUGUGGUUCUAGUUGCUGUGGUUCUGGCUGUUGCCGCCCCACCUGCUGCCAGACCACCUGCUGCAGGGGUGACUCAGGAAUACCAGAGCAAGGUGAUUUAGGAUCCAGUCCCUUUGAGGAGAGCUGUAAAAGCUGGCGUGCUUCAUAUGGGGACCAUCUCACUCCAGGAAGAGUCUGGAGACUUGGUUUUACUGCUAGAGCAAGGGGCGGGGAAGACGGCAUGGGAAGAAUGAAAAUCAGCCCCACAGAGCAGAGAGCUGAGGAAUCUGAACCUUACAAUAGAGCUGAUCUCUGCAGCCAACUUCCCCCAGAGGCCCUAAAACUGAGUUGUGGAGGUUUGUUUCUGGAGAAAAGAGAAACAUCAAAAUUUUACAACUUACUUUCCUACUUUAAAACAGUUCUGUGUUUUUGA